UGGAUGCGGCGUGUGCGUUCUGACAGCAAUGCGAACGCGCAAACACGCACGCGCACGCGCGCGCGCGCACACGCUCGCGCGCACAUACUCAGGAACGCACGCACUGGAAAGGAGAGGAAAGUGGACGCUUUGCUGUUCGUCAGGUUUUCUGUUAGAAUCGCGGUGAUAAAAGAUGCGAGAUUAGCGUGUUUUUCUGAGAAGAGUGGACAGAAGGUCACCCGAGCGCCAUGGCUCAGUUCAAGCUGCAGAACGUGGAGGACUUCUAUGAGAUCGGAGAAAUACUGGGCAGCGGACAUUUCGGGCAGGUGCGUGAGCUAAAAGAGCGGGCCGGCGGUACCGUCUGGGCGGGGAAGUUCGUGAAGCUCCGCCGGAGCGUGAGCAGCCGUCUGGGCGUGGAGAGGAAGAACGUGGAGCGCGAGGUGGAAAUCCUGCAGAGCCUGCAGCACGUCAAUAUCAUCGCCCUGCACGACGUCUUCGAGAGCCGAGCCGAGAUCGUGCUGGUGGUGGAGCUUAUCCGUGGCGGCGAGCUUUUCGACUUCAUCGCUGCGAAGGAGAACGUGACGGAGAACGAGGCCAUCGACUUCCUCAAGCAGAUUCUGAAAGGUGUCGGCUUCAUGCACAGCAAACAAAUCGCCCACUUCGAUCUGAAGCCUGAGAACAUCAUGCUGUCAGAUAAGAACGCAGAGCAUCCCGAGAUCAAGAUCAUCGAUUUCGGCCUCGCACAUCGCUUCAAUGCCGGAGAGGAGUACAAGAGUCUGUGUGGCACUCCUCAGUACAUAGCUCCUGAGGUGAUAAACUAUGAGCCACUGAGCGUAGCCACUGACAUGUGGAGUAUUGGUGUUAUUACAUACAUCCUGUUAAGCGGGAUAUCGCCUUUCCAAGGCGAAACAGACGAGGAGACACUAAGGAGCAUUGUGGAUAUGAAGUACGACUUUGACGAGCAUUACUUCAGCCAAACGAGCGACAUAGCCAAAGAUUUUAUCGAGAAGCUGCUCGUCAAAGAUCAGAGUGAGAGAAUGACAGCUGAGGAAUGUUUACUGCACCCCUGGAUAAAGCCAUUGACACGUAAGCAGGCAGCUAACAGGAGUCGCUCAUCCAUCAACAUGAAGAAUUUCAAGAAAUUCAAUGCCAGGAGAAAGUGGAAGAUGUCCUAUAACAUGGUGUGGGCGUGUAACCGACUGUGUCGUCUGCAGCUGCUCUGCAAGAAAACCGUAGAGGACGAAGAGCUGAGAAGUUGUGAGAGUGACCAGGAGGACACAGAGACAAAGCCGGCUUCGCUCAUCCGCCGCAGACUGAGCAGCAGCUCCUGAACCUCACCUCCAUCCUCUUUCUCUACCUUCAUUCUCAGAGGAAACGUGUCAUGGGGUCACGCAGUAAACACCCCCAAACCCUCUUCCCCCACCCCGGGGUUCCCGUGCGCUCUUAUUUAUUUCGGAGUUCACUCGAUGCUUAAUUGGACUGUGUGUCGAAUAUCAUUACAUCAUUUCUGUUUCUAUUGUUUUGUUUAAUUGAAGUCUUUUUGUGUGCACAUCAAUGUGUGAACGUUUUCAACACAAACACUGUGUAGGGAUUAAUCCAGUGUCAUACGUUGAUCACUUUAUGAAGUCUGUUUUGAAGUGUCUUUGGUUUACAUGAACAUUUUUACAUUGUGUUUUCAUUCUAGAAGAUAAGCUGUAAAAGGCCGCGGCUGUGGGCGGAGGGAAGUCGGGCGAACCGGCAGAUAACGCAUAACGAGUCCCGCCUGGUACAGACAGUUUACUUAGUCUUGUCUUUUUGAGCUUUCGGGGUUGGCUGUAAAAAGAAAAAGAGAGAGAACUUCUCCAGACUCCGGGUUUCGGCACCGCUGUCUAACCCCGGCGUCUGAGUAAAUGGGUGAGGGUUCGUGGAGACAGCAAUUGCUCAAAACUCUAAAAAGUUGUUUAUUGAGUGCGCUAUUGGGGGCUACGUCUACACCAAUCAGGAUACAUUUCAAAACAGGGGUUUCCUCGAAAAAACGCUCCGCGUCCACACUUUCGUUGUCAGUCGUUUACCAAAAGUUGCUCAUCCACACUGAAACGUCUGAAAACGCUCAUGUGUAUCACGCACAAGCAAAACGUGAGACGCUUCGACCACCGUCCCGCAUUUUAAAACGUUGCGGGAAGCCUCUGUUUUCACAGUUCACACUGCGACGUCAAAUUUCAAAUGUAUCCACUUUGGAGAGUGUUUUCAAAAAUUUGCGUUUUUGUUGUACGGUGUAGAGGGGAAGCCAAAACAAAAAGGUAUUAGUGUGGACACAGCAUUAAAGGUGUUCCACUCUCUCUCUCUUUCAACCCUGAAAGGACGGGGCAAAGUAGACUCUCUGAAAAAAACACAAUGCGAGAACGAUUAUGCGUUAGUUGUGUGUUCGCCCUCCGUCCCCCAGGAACACAGCUGAUGCUCGGCCAUGCUGCCAUAAAGACAGAUUGUUGGAGAGCCGUGGUUUCGUGUGAUUUUCAACAAAAUCUUUGCAGGGGAAGUGAUAGACAAGUCGUUAAGGUUUAGAACUGCUCAGAAGCCCUAGUAUCGCCAAGCUGCCACUUUUGGGGCCCUUGAGCAAGGCCCUUGGCACUACAUGCUUCAGGGGCGCUGUAUCAUGGCUCAACCUGUGCCUCGACCCCAUCAUCCUGACAAGCUGGGAUAUGCGAAGAACGACAAGUAAAAUCCUCUGUCUUGCUUUUCAGAUGAAUGAGAUGAAAAAAUAAAAAAGUCUCGCUGUGAGGCCCGUUGAGUUUUUGUGAAAAUACAGAAUAAAGGAACUAUUCAUCGCAUCUGAAAAGCAAGAAGGACAAAAUAAGCACUUUCUCCCUGCCUUGUAUUCCAGAGCGUCCAUUAUUAGAUUAUUAGAUUAUAUUUGAGCCAAGUUUACAGCUGCGUAUCAAGUAAGAAAGUUUUCAGUUUUUUGUUUUGUUUUUUUUUUGUUUUUUUUUAAAGCAUCCAUGCAGCAACACUUAUAUACAGUAUUUACAUUGCAGAGUCCUGAAUGUGUGACAAAAUUUACGAAAAAAAAAAACCUUUUAUGUUCAAUGAAUUAAGAUUGUAAAUGCUCACAUGUUUUAAACAAAAAAGGACUUCUGAAGAAUUCUUGGAGAUUAAAGCAGAUUAAAGUCUCCACUGACACACGAGCUCCUCAACACAAAGGAAACGUUUUGCCGGUCAGGUCUCUCUGCUCUUCAGUUUUCACUUUUUUUUUUCAAAGACCAUUAUCCGGUAACACGAAGAGACAAGGCCGGUUUGUUUGCAAACAAUCUUUCUAUAAAUAUCGAAACUGAAAACCGAUUGUUGUUGCAUGAAAGGAGGAAAAACCGCCCCGAGCUCAGAGACGGAACUUCCAAUACACACUGCAAUUGCUGUAAAGCUAAGUUUUAUAAAUCAUAAUCAUUAUAAUAGUUUUUUUUUAUGUAGUAUAAUGUACGUUUAUUCAUUUCAUUUUCGUGUGGGAUGAAAUGGGAAUGUCGUGAAGUGGGCAGAGAUUUUUAAACGAAUAAAUGGAAUUUGAAGAAA